AUGCCAGAUCUCCUCUCUGAUACCAUCAUGCAAUUUACAUGGGCUAUCUCGCUGACCAGAAAUUCCAGUACAAAAAUACCUUGCAACAAAAUCUCGCCACAGACCACUUGGACUCAAGAAAUCCCAACUGGGCACUUUUCUGGAAAUAACUGGUAUCCUCGGUUCUGUGCAGUACCUCAACUAGAGUACGCAAAAUGCUUUCAAAAUAAACAGGUACUUAUUUUGGGUGAUUCCAAUGGACGAAGUCAUUACUAUAACAUUGUGAAGCAUUCCAAAUGUACAGAGGUCGUGAAAGCUGUAACGAAACGUUGGCACAAACCUCUACUGUGCGCUCACAAAACAAACAACUUUACCUUAAGCUGGAGCCCCCAUACCAACCCCUUCAUGAAUGGAGUAACCCUUGAUGAAAUACCAUCACACGGACAUUACCUCAUUAUUCUAAAUCAUUUUUACCAUCUGACUGUCUCGCACAUCAGCGUUUCUGAUUUCUUAUUUCGCAACAUCAAAGAUGCACUGGUCCGUCUAUUUCAACGCAACCCAAAUGUACAAGUCGUUUUACAGGGUCCACAUAUAGCCUGGUUCGGCUGGCCUGAACAUUAUGCGGCUGGAGACAUGUUGGGAACACAUAUCAUGGAUUUGCAACAAGAAAUAUUCCAAGAUGUUAAAGAUAAAAUGCUGUUUAUCUCCCAUUGGGACAUGACUAUGGCCAAAGAAAACUACGAUUACCACCCAGGCACCAACGGAAAAGUUUUUGAUCUCAUCGUUGGGCUGACAUGCGGGAGAUAA